AUGGUUCGUAAGACUAUUGUUGUUGUAUCUUUUGUGUUUUUUAUUUAUACAAUUGAAAGUGUUCUUGGAAGAAAACUUUUGGGAGACGAGAAGAUAACCCUUGGAUAUGGUGAGGUGAUAAGCAAGAUUAGAGGAAGUGUUGGGUGUGAAGUUGGAGAAGGAACUUGUGGUGAGAUUAGAGAAAAAAAAAUGUUGGAUGGCCGUAUUGUAGACGUAUCUCUAAUUCUAAACUCAAAUGGUAACGGAGCAAUAAACACCGGGGGAUCUGUAAGUGGAGAUGGAACCGGAGCUGGAGCAGGAGUUGCAGCAGGAGCUGGAGUUGGAGCUGGUGGAGCCGGAGCUUUUGCUGGACUUGGAGCUGGGGCCGGAGCCGGAGCCGGAGCUGGAGAUGGAACUGGAACUGGAGCUGGAGCUGGAGCUGGAGCCGGAGGGGGAGCUGGAUCAGGAGCCGGAACCGGUGCCGGGCCCGGUACUGGAUCCGUAACCAUAACCAAUGACAGUCCCGGUACCGGAGCCGUAACCAUGGCCGGAGCCGGAGCUCCAAACACUGCACCUUCUCCGGGAGAUGCAUGUGGAUAUAUGGCUACCGAAUACAAAUCCAUUUUUGGAUUUUUCAAUCGUGGUGGGUGGUAA